AUCAUUAUUAUGAUUAUCAGUUCAUCACUGUCUGUUUGUCUCUGACUUUUAUGCUCUGUAAAUCUCAAAAACCCUUUCUAGAUUUACUGGCGUGAGCGCGAAGCAGCCAUCGCAUUCGCGUACCUGAAUUUUCAGUCCUCGCUCAGCCAAGACGUUUUCCCAAUUCGCGUCGACCUAAUUGAUCGAUCGAUUUGUAGUUUGGAAUGCGUGCGAUGACGGCGGGAAUGGCGACUGCGAUCGGGAAUGGCGGGGAUGUGCGGAGGGCGCACAUGGCGAUGGCGGCCGUGCAGGUGUUCAAUGGCGGUUACCACGUCAUCACCAAAAUUGCGCUCAAUGUGGGGGUCAAUCAGCUGGUUUUCUGCGUCUUCAGGGAUCUUCUCGCGCUCGCAAUUCUCGCCCCCGUCGCCUACGUUCGUGAGAAAAGGCAAAGACCACCACUGAAUAGACGACUUGUGAUUGCCUUCUUCUUUCUUGGUUUAACAGGUAUUUUUGGAAACCAACUUCUAUUCCUUCUCGGCCUCGGCUACACAAAUCCAACUUAUGCUGCUGCCAUACAGCCUUCGAUCCCCGUUUUUACAUUCAUAUUGGCUGUGUUUAUGGGUACAGAAACUUUGAAUUUACGAAAAGCUGAAGGUCAAUCAAAGUUGGGUGGCACCCUUCUCUGUGUUUCUGGUGCCAUUUUAAUGGCUACAUUCCGAGGUCCGGCUGUGUUUGGCUACAAGGAAUCAGAGUUUUCAGCAAACAAUGAGAUCAGUGCCAAGGGUCAGCCGGAGCCUUCCGGUUGGUUAAUGUCUAGCUUACUCGACUUGGGCUUCGAUAACUGGCGCCUCGGGGUUUUAUGCUUGAUUGGGAACUGCAUGUGCAUGGCAACUUACCUGGCCAUUCAGGCUCCCGUUUUAGCUAAAUAUCCGGCGAGUAUAUCCGUGACCGCCUUUUCAUACUCCUUCGGCGCCCUGUUCAUGGUACUGACAUCAUUCUUUAUGACGAGCGAUCCCAUGGACUGGAAUCUGACAAAAUCGGAGGUGUUUGCCGUAUGCUAUGCUGGAGUCAUAGCAUCAGCCCUCAACUAUGGACUUUUGACAUGGUCGAACAAGAUCCUCGGCCCCUCACUAGUUGCACUUUAUAAUCCACUCCAACCUGCUGCAUCGGCACUCCUCUCAAGAAUUUUCCUCGGAAGCCCGGUUUAUUUGGGAAGUAUUCUGGGAGGGUGUCUAAUUAUAGGUGGGCUAUAUAUGGUGACAUGGGCAUCCCAUAGAGAGAACCAGGUGAGCCUGGGAAGCUCGCCACUGUCGGAAUCACCCCGGGAUUUGCCUUUCAACAAGAUUUCUUACCAGAUCGGAAAUAUUUUUGCGGGAUCAUCCACCUCUGCUCGAAAGGAUAUCGAUUAGCUUAAACAUUUGACAGGUCGACGGCGACAUCGACAUCGACGGAAUGGAUACACAUGGAAGAAGAAGAAGAGGUGGUGUAAUUAGUUACAUAUCUAACAUUCUUUUUUGAGUUGUUAUUACGUGGGAGUUUGAGAGGAGGGAAUACAUUCUGCUGUCUUGAUAUAUAUAUAUAUAUAUAUAUAUAUGUUUUUUUAUGACGUGGGAAUUGUAGCCGCUAUCCAAAGUGAACACUGGGUAAACCUCCAGCCGAACCUAAGAAAUUUCUAAGGAAGUGCACAUUAGGAAAACCACGUGUGGGAGGUUACUUGAGGCGUAGACUGUUGUUCCAAGAAAUUUCAAGUUUCAUUCAAA